CACAUAUUUGAUAUUGAUAUCGUCUUGCAGCUUUGAUGGAAGCCGAUCCAUGUGCGACAAGCAGCCAGAUUAGCUGGACGCUGGCGGCGUUCCUAAUCAUACAAGGCUGUUAUAUCAUAGAACGCCACAGUCUACGGUCUAUCUGGUCUGCUUCAGCUUUGUUCGUGGCAGAAAACGUUACCGUGGCACUUUCAAAACCGAUCAAGGUGAUGAUUGGCAUGCGAGCACUUCAAGCUGCAGGGCCGAUAUCUACGAUACUCAUGAGCGAGCCUGUCUCGACGAUACCGUGAACAUAUUCGCUUUCGGACCUUGAUGAGCAGUCUCCGCCUUGCUCCCCACGGGAAGCCCGGACAUCGGAUGGAAAGAAGCUUACCUCCACGUCACAUGGCCCGGCGAUUAAGAUCAUCCCGAAUGUCAUAUGGACCAAUUUUUUCACUUCAGGUUGCAGGUCCUAGCUGAGAAGUCGUUGAUGAAUAUAUGUGGCGAG